UAGGAGGGAAAGCUAAGAGGGGAUUAGGCCACGCCCCUUUCGCUGCCCCGUGACGUCACCACGCCAAGAUGGCGGCAGAGAAGCCUCACCGUUCGCCUCAGUGACAGGAGGGGAGGCGAAAGGGGCGGAAAAGGGGGCGCAGGAGGGCAGGGGGCCAUGGAGGGCUCCUCCUUUGUCCAGCACAGCGUGCGCGUCCUGCACGGCCUCAACCAGCAGCGCCAGAGCGGGCAGUGCUGCGACGCCACCCUGGCGCUGGGCCCCCAGGUCUUCCGGGCCCACUGGAGCGUCCUGGCCUGCUGCAGCCCCUUCUUCCGGAGCCUCUGCAACACCGACGGCAGCGCUUCCAGCACCGUCGCCCUCCCGGAGGCCUUGGCGGGAGCCUUCGCCCUCCUCCUGGACUUCUUCUACACGGGGCACUUGGGGGUCACCCCAGGCAACCGGGAGGGGCUCCUGCAGGCUGCAAAGGAGCUCUGCGUCCCUGAAGCUGUCCGCUUGUGCCAGGAGUUUGGGCCGGAGUUGGAGGAGAGCACCCUUGACGAAGGAGGAGAAGCAGCCCCCAAAGAGGACACCAUGGCCCCCCAACUCCAAGGGGAGCAGGCGGGGAGCCCCUGCCUCCUUCCGGAAGAGUUGGAUCCCAAGGCAGACCAAGUCAAGGAGCCAGAAAGACCGCUGGGAAGCGGAACCACUGAAAUGGACCCUGGGCAGCAGGAAGCUCAGGACGAGGCUCCCGUUUCGCAUGACGUGCAGGAAGAAGGGAGCGAAAGAGGGAAGGAGGCGGAUGACGAGGGCGGCAUCCCCGAGAGGAAGAGCACGCGGCCCAAACGGAGGACCCCCUUGGCCAGGAAGCCCCCCAAACCCGCCGGGAACCGCAACGUUUUGGAAGCCGCCGAGCUUGGAAACCGCCGGGGCGGUGGCGCCGAGCCAGUCGAAUGCCCCACUUGCCACAAGUCCUUCCUCAGCAAAUACUAUCUCAAAGUCCACAACCGGAAACACACCGGCGAGAAGCCCUUUGAGUGCUCCAAGUGUGGGAAGUGCUACUUCCGGAAGGAGAACCUGCUGGAGCACGAAGCCCGGAACUGCAUGAGCCGCUCGGAGCAGGUCUUUGCCUGCUCCGUCUGUCAGGAGGCCUUUAAGAGGCGGGUGGAGCUGCGCCUGCACAUGGUCGGCCACACCGGAGAGAUGCCCUACAAGUGCUCUUCGUGCGCCCAGCAGUUCAUGCAGAAGAAGGACCUGCAGAGCCACUUGAUCAAGCUCCACGGGGCCCCCAAGCCCCACGCGUGCUCGUCCUGCGCCAAGUGCUUCCUCUCGCGGACGGAGCUGCACCUGCACGAGGCCUUCAAGCACCGUGGGGAGAAGCUCUUUGUCUGCGAGGAGUGCGGCCACCGGGCCUCCAGCCGCAACGGCCUGCAGAUGCACAUCAAGGCCAAGCACAGGAACGAGCGCCCCUACGUGUGCGAGUUCUGCCACCACGCCUUCACCCAGAAGGCCAACCUCAACAUGCACCUCCGGACCCACACCGGGGAGAAGCCCUUCCAGUGCCACCUCUGCGGAAAGACCUUCCGCACCCAAGCCAGCCUGGACAAGCACCACCGGACGCACACGGGCGAGCGGCCCUUCAGCUGCGAGUUCUGCGCCCAGCGCUUCACGGAGCGGGGCCCGCUGCUGCGCCACGUGGCCAGUCGGCACCAGGAGGGCCGGCCCCACUUCUGCCAGAUCUGCGGGAAGACCUUCAAGGCGGUGGAGCAGCUCCGCGUCCACGUCCGGAGGCACAAAGGCGUGAGGAAAUUCGAAUGCACCGAGUGCGGCUACAAGUUCACCCGGCAGGCCCACCUGCGGCGCCACAUGGAGAUCCACGACCGGGUGGAGAACUACAACCCCCGGCAGAGGAAGCUGCGCAACCUGGUCAUCGAGGACGAGAAAGCCGUGGCCGUGGCCCUGCAGCCCCUCGAAGGGGAGGAAGAGGAGGACGAGGAAGAAGAGGGCUCCUCCUCGUCCGCCACGGAGGUCGUGGUGGAGCCGCUUCCCGGACAGAUCAUCCCAGAAGAGGACUGCAAGACGUAGCGCUUGGACCCCAUGUAGAGCCCCUUACCCAGAUUAAAAAAAGAACUAUUAAGCUGG